UCUCCGCGCUCGCUCGCUCGCUCACACUCGGCUUCCCCGCCCUUAUCCUGAGGCCAGCCAGCACCCGGUCGUUCCGUGCGCCACCACCGCAGGUCGCCACAAACCCCGUGCUCGAUCAGCCGCGGCGCAGGCAGGAUGGUCAGCGAGCAAGCGCCGGCGGCGGAGGUGGAGAAGACCGAGGCAGCGGCGCCCGCGGAGAGCGAGGAGCCCAAGGCAGAGCAGCAGGCGGCGGACGAGGCGCCGGUCGUCGAGGACGUCAAGGAGGACGAGGACGAUGACGAUGAAGACGACGACGACGACGACGACGCUGAUGAAGGUGAGCUCGGUGCAGGGGCAACCGUGGGCUCCAGGCAGAGCCGGAGCGAGAAGAAGAGCCGCAAGGCCAUGAUGAAGCUCGGAAUGAAACCCGUCACCGGCGUCAGCAGGAUAACCAUCAAAAGAGCCAAGAACAUACUGUUCGUGGUGUCCAAGCCUGACGUUUUCAAGAGCCCGACGUCGGAGACGUACGUGAUAUUCGGCGAGGCCAAGAUAGAGGACCUGAGCUCGCAGCUGCAGGCCCAGGCCGCGCAGCAGUUCAGGAUGCAGGACCUCAGCAAGGCGAUGGCCAAGCAGGACGCGGCGGCAGCGGCGCCGGCCGACGAGGAAGAGGAGGUGGACGAGACCGGGAUAGAGCCCCGCGACAUCGACCUCGUCAUGACGCAGGCCAGCGUGUCGCGGGCAAAGGCCGUCAAGUCUCUCAAGGCGCACGACGGCGACAUCGUCAGCGCCAUCAUGGAGCUCACGGCCUAGACCACCGACCCGAGAUGUUUUCAUUUUGGGGAUUCGCAAUAAGAUGUUUUCAUUGUUCACCUUCAUUAUGGACGUUGCAUCAUGUCAGUUUCCAGAUUAGUGUCAUCUUCAUCAAGUUGUUAUUCGAAUUAUCACUUCAGUA